UUAUUUCCUCACGAAUAUAAUAAUUUUAAAUAUUUAUGUUAUUGUUUACAUGAGUAAUAUAUAUAUAAAGUAAAGUAUAUAUAAUUUAAACAAACUUGCCUACAAUUUAUGAUUGUAAUAUUUUAUUUUUAAGCAAAUAUUAAUUGUACCAUUAUUUAUUUUUUAUCUAACGACGUUUGAUGUAAUGUUUAUGUAUGUUAUACACGUAUAUAUAUAUUAUGAUAAAUCAUCAACCUACUACUUUUGUUGUUAAGCUCUUAAUGAAUUAUAACAGACUGACACCAAAAACUCAAUACUGAUUGUUCCUGUAAAUAAUUUUCACAAAUAAAUAAUUAAUAAAUGGAAGAACUGCCAGUGAUACUAGAUCAUCUAAAAUCUACUGUAGAAUGUUUGUCUAUGUCUGCUCAAACCAAUACAUGGGAAGUAUGCGGUGGCUUAGAUCGACUACAUUCAAUCAUGAUGAAUAUUUUUAGCCAUGGAUGUUUAACCAUAAAUUCAAAUGCAGAAGAUGGAAUUUGGAAUUUCAUUCAAGGAAUAAAUUGGUUGCACCCAACAAUAGCAUCAUUAUGCACAUUCUCAAGAAAUACAUGUCCUAAAAAUGAACAUUUGAAUAAAUCAUCAUUAUGGAUUUAUAAAAGUCUUGAAAACCAUUCACUAUCUGAAAAACUUGGAUUGUUAUUGUCUGACAAAGAUCAUCUGUAUAAAUUUUAUAAGCCAGAAGCUUUUUUAUGUCAAAAGGAGUAUAGCGAUGCUGCAUUAUUAUGUCUAAGAGUUGUCGAACUGAAUCAACCGUCUUUAUUACUGGAAAUCAAUCCCAAAUUAUUUUUAAAUUAUUCAUCUAAAAGUGAACAUUGUACUACCUUGCCAAAAUCAUUAUAUCAGCAAACAUAUAGUAAAUAUUUCAAACAAUUGGGUUCAUUAACCAAUUUCUUGAAGUAUAAAUCAUCUGAAAACAUCGAUGAACAUAAUAUGAAUACUGGACAUCGUAAUGACCUACCUAAGCAUAAAAUUAAAUAUUUGUGUAAAAGACAAUGCUAUAAAAGUUGGCCAAAUAUUUAUAAUAAGACAUUUGAUCAAUCGAAACUUAGGCGGUCAUUAAGUUUUGACACAAUACAAAAAUCUGACUACUCCUUAGGUUGUACCCACCAGGCUACAACAAUAGAAAAUACAGAACAGGUUUUGCUACCAAAGUUAUUGGAUGUCAAUUAUGAACAGCUUCUACACGAUAAUGACGAUUCAAACAAACAUCAGUUAUUAAGUAGUGAUUUGCCCAAACGAAAUAAACGACGGUCAAAGUUGUUUACACUCCCAUUGAAAAUAUUAGAAGAAUCUGACGAUGACACUCGUAGCAAUAUUUCUGACGGAUCUAGAACUUUGAUACCUUAUGAUGAAUUUCCACCUUCGAAGUAUGUGGGGACAUUUGGAUUAGUAUCAUCAUAUUUUCCCGAUCAAGAUUUGUUCAAGUUCUUAUCUUCUGGACAGUUUCUUCAAGCCAAUGCUGAACUCGACCGUGAAAAUGCUCAUUUCAAAAUUUCUGAAGCAAUCAUUGGCACUAUUGAACAAAUCAAAUGCAAUCAAAAAUUGAAAUUCACUGAUGAAGUGAUUGACGAGAGUGACGAAGAGAUAAACCGGUUGAAACAAAGAAUCCGUUGUCGGCGCAAAGAAAAGCAGCAAAUUGAACAGACGCCAACGGCCGGCACGUCGUCUUCCGAUUGCCUGACCGAAUCCACAAUGAGUUCUCUGACGUCUUCAUACUGCUCAACCACAUCCAGUAUGUCCACCACGGAUGAUAUGGACGAGUUCGAUUUGGACGAUGACAGCAUCUGUUCGUCGAUGUUCUCUGUGUGUAGUUCUUCUGUGGGCUCGUUGUCAUACUCGAACGCAGACCGGACGCGAUCAGCUAGCGUGUGUUCGACGGUCACGGCAGAAAGUGUCGCACGGUCAUUGAUCCGCCAGAUUAGCCACAAAAACAACUGGCCCAUCGACGUCAACGUCCAGUGGCUAAUAUCUGAAAAAGAAGCCCCGCAACAGAUUUUGCCUUUACCGUCGAGCUGGCCCGUCAACCCGCAUGAUCACGCCGAUGAUCGUCCGGAGGCUUCUUCUCGUUUGCGAGGCACUAGUGAUUGGGCGCCACCACGACCGCAAAUUAUAUUCACUAGUCAUCCUUCGCCAAUUAGGAAGAACAUAAUGGAACUACAAGGUUAUAGAUGUGCGGGCUGUAGCAUGAAAGUGGCAGUGAAGUACGCUUCAAAAUUCCGUUACUGCUUUUACUUGGGUCGGUAUUUCUGCACAGGGUGUCAUGUAGAUAAAACCGCCAUCAUACCUGGUCGGAUAAUCGGAAAAUGGGACUUUUCAAAGUAUCCGGUGUCGUGUUUCUCAUUCACUCUGCUGGAGAAAAUGCUAUUCGACCCGCUGUUUAAUAUAACCGACUUGAAUAGCGUUCUGUACAAACGUGCCCGAGGCCUAGACAAAGUUCGAAUAUAUCGGAUGCAAUUGUAUUACAUCAAAGAUUUCAUUUUUUUAUGCAGAUACGCUGACCGAUUAAAAGAGACAUUGGAAAACAUGGACGCCCACAUAAUACUUAAGCCAGACUUGUAUUCCAUCCAAAAUUUGGUGGAUGUUAAAAACGGAGAACUUGGUAAAAAACUACAAAACCUAAUUGUUGUUUGUAAUAAGCACAUUAUCAAUUGCCAGUUGUGCCAAGCAAGAGGGUUUGUUUGUGAAAUAUGUAACAAGAAUAAAAUACUUUUUCCUUGGGACUUCAGAUUGGUCACGAGAUGUGUGGACUGUGGGUCAUGUUAUCACAAGAAGUGUUACGAUUCGAGAAAAGUGCCAAUAUGCCCUCGGUGCCCUAGGAUUAUGGCUAUGUUUAAAAGAACUGAAAGUCAAAAUGAUCAGAGUACUGUGGUACAGUCUUGAACAAUGGCUGUGAUUUAGUUUCCUCCACACUCACCCAAAUGUAUUGAUCGUGUAUUUUUCUGAUUCUUUAUUUUUUAUUAUCUACCUUUUAGUAUUUUUUUAUUCUCAUAACUAUUUAUUAUAUUGUAGAUUGUAGAACAUACAUGUUAUUAAACAUAACAACAAUGGCAAUUAUUUAUUAUGUUUUUGAGUUUUUCGCCCAUUUUGGUAACAAGAAAAGAAAUAAACAUCCUAUGUCAAAAUAAUAUUUAACAUUUAAAUAACGCACUAAUAAAUAAUAAUACAAUAAACCGAUAUCACACUAAUUUUAUGGAUAAUAUGGAUUUAUUAGUUGCUUAUAAAAAAAAUUAUAUUUAAGCACUGCAACUUAAAGAAAUAGACACAAGAAAGCCUAGACUAAUUUUUAUUUUUUAUAAAGUACUAUUUUUCAUCUAACUAAGGAUUAAAAUAAACUAAAUUUAACAAAGUUACAUUGUGUCAUUGUGUACUACUAAAUGUUCUACAAACUAAUUCAUAUAUAUAAUUAAUCUUAGUAAUUUAUUGUUAUAAUUAUAAUAUAUGACUGGCCUAUAAAUUAAUUGAUUUUUAUUUAAUUGCUUACACUUUUACAAAUGUGACUAUUAUGUUUAAAUUUGAAUACCAUGAUCAAGUAGACAGAUAGUUUUGUUUUUUAAAAUUGUAUACAAUUAAAUAUAAUUCAAUUAAUUUAACUGUUCAUAACAAUAUAUUUGUCAAUACGUUUAUAUUUUGUAAGAUUUAAAUUGCUAAUAACAAGUUGUGAUGAUUAUUUUUUACAACAAAUAGCAAAACUCAACUUUGUCUGGGGGUAAAGCACAAACCAAUACAGGACAAAAUAAACAAACAUAAUAUUUAUAGCUUUUUAAGUUCAAUAAAAACAAAUAUUUUUACUACUAAAUUAAAAAAACUGAAAAUUAUAUUAAUUUAUUAUAUAAUAUUAGAAUGUCCAGUUACCUAUGGACUUGUUUAGAACAUAGGUACCUAUAUAUUUAAUAUUAAUACGCUAACGUUAUGUUCUGACUGAUAUAUUUAUAUUAUAUAUAUUAUAUAUAGUUAAUAAUUAUAUCUAUAGUAUAUUUUUGUAUUUUUAAAAAUAUAGCAAUAUUUUUUUAUAAAAUUUUUUUUUGAAUUAUCUGAAUCUGUCUAAUUUUAUAUUUUUAACUAAUAAAAUAUUUUAUUUUCAAGUAUUAUUAUAG